AUGUUGGUCUCCUUCCCUGGUGAACUGCUGAUGAACAUGUUGAAAAUGUUGAUUUUACCUUUGAUUAUUUCUAGUUUAAUAUCAGGGUUGGCUCAACUGGAUGCCAAGGCCAGUGGUAAACUGGGAGGCCGUGCUAUGGUCUACUAUUUCACCACCACCGUGAUUGCAUCCAUCAUUGGUAUUGUGUUAGUUGUGACCAUUCACCCCGGAGACCCCUCCAUACGUGCUGGCCUUGGGUCUGGCACAACCGAAAACAAGGUGUCCACACUGGAUGCAUUCCUGGAUAUAUUUAGGAAUUUGUUGCCUGAAAAUCUCGUAGUGGCAUGUUUUUAUAGUGUUUCUACCUACUAUGUAAAAGCCCCUCCUUUGGUAGAGAAAGUGGACCCAAGCAUGCCUCCUGACGCAAAUGUCACUGAGAACGCCACAGAAGUUGUCUUAUCUAUUGUUGAUCAGUUAGAUGCUGAUUAUAAUAUUUCAAUAGACAAUAUGACAGCAAAUGAAACAGAAGAACCAGAGAAAGAGAAAUACGUAAGAGAACUGAGAUACGGAGGAAGUACAAAUGUAUUAGGUCUAAUUAUUUUCUGCAUUGCAUUUGGUGUGAUCCUUAGUUCAAUGCAUGAAAGGGCCAGAGUCAUGACAGACUUUUUCUUCAUUCUGAAUGAAGUGGUGAUGACAAUGGUUGGCAUUAUCAUGUGGUAUGCUCCAUUUGGUAUAAUGUGUUUAAUUGCUGGUAAACUGAUGGAAAUUGAUGACAUGGCCAAAACAAUCAAGCAGCUUGGAGUGUACAUGGUCACUGUAAUUGUGGGUCUUAUCAUUCAUGGCGUUGGUGUACUGCCACUCAUUUACUUCGUCAUAACAAGAAAGAACCCUUUCACAUUUGCAAAGAACAUGCUGCAGGCUUGGCUGACAGCUUUGGGAACUGCUUCAAGUGCUGCCACCAUCCCCGUCACCUUCAAGUGUCUGGAGGAACUGAAUGGUAUUGACAGGCGAGUGACCAGGUUUGUGAUCCCAGUGGGAGCCACAGCCAACAUGGACGGCACAGCUCUGUAUGAGGCUGUGGCCACACUGUUCAUUGCACAAAUGAAUGGAGUGAAUCUGGAUGUUGGAGAAAUAAUUACUGUUAGUCUAACUGCCACCCUGACCAGUAUUGGGGCAGCUAGUGUGCCCAGUGCGUCAUUGGUCACCAUGAUCCUGAUCCUGACAGCUGUGGGACUGCCUGUGAAAGACAUCAGCUUGAUUGUCAUGGUGGAUUGGUUGCUGGACCGUUUGCGAACCUCCAUCAAUGUUCUGGGAGAUGCAUUUGGUGCUGGUAUUGUGGCCCAUCUCUCUCGCCAUGAACUGGCUGCUCAAGAUGCAGAACUUGCAGCAGAGGAGGCAGCCAAGAAUGGAAUUGAAGAACGUCGACCAAGCAAAGCAUCCUUAAAUGACAGGGCUGAUGGGGAUGUAGGUAAGGCUAUUAUUGUACAUGCACCACCGGAUGAUGAAGAUAAGGGGAAGGAAGGAAUGAAAUGGGUGUAGCACAGUUAUAUACAAAAUUUUUAGAUUGGAAAGGAUUGUGAAUUUGCUGUCAAUACCUAACAUUACUAUAAUCAACAAGUGGAAAAAUUUUUAUGCUUGAUUAUGGUAACCCACAGUCAACAGGUAUAGAUAGACAAAACAAAUCUCCAUAUUGACAGAGAUCAAGUGAAAAAGUCACAUAAGAUACGCUUACUAGUCUGUUUGCAAAAACUUACACAGCACAUUUGACGAUAAAAGUAUGAUUGAGAGAGAUAUCUUUUCCUUUAUUGAAAAUGCAAAAUUUCAAAUUUAAUGGUGAACCAGAAUUCUUACCCGCAAAGUGAUUUUUUUUUAAAAAUGCUAAAGUAUGGUUAUGUUAGAAGUUAUAAGAUUGCCAGUAUUUGUACUACAGUUCAGGGUUCCAAUGAGCAUAAUCUCACUGCUCUUCCUCAAAGCCAUACACUCAAGUACAUAAUUUUGUUAUCAAGGUGUAAUUGUUUAUUAUGCAAUUUAUGGUAUAUUGCUGUUUAUAUCAUUGUAAUUAUUUUUUGGUGUAUGUGCAUCUUUAAAGAGUUAUUUGCACUUUUCCAAAGUCUUAUGAUGGUUGUUCUGUAUAAAAUCACUUGAAUUAAAGCAUGAGCAUGGUGAAACACCUGUGACAAGGAUGAACUUCAUAUAGAUAUAUCAUGUAUUUUACUGUCACAUUGCAAGCCUUCUUUAAUUAUUCAAGCUUUAAGUACCAGCAACCUGCAGUUUCAUUUCUGAAUUAAUAUAUCAGUGAUUGUUUGAUGUAUUUGACACUUUCGUCAUAAUGGGUAUUGCAUUUAUAAAAAAAAAAUUGCACAAAAACAUUGUAUAAAUAGUAUAAUAUUCUUAUUAUAACUACAAAUUAUUUUCUAAUGUACAGACUUUAUUUACUAUCAAUAGGUAAUAUGCACAGUGAGACUGAAACAGACAAAUUAUAACACCUGGCCAUGAGUGAGAGGAUUACCUUUGCAGUAUACAGUAUUGCCAUAGCAAUUUGAAGGUUGCUGAUAUAGUAUGGUGAGAUAAAAGGUACCUUGUACAACUUAAAACCUAAUAUAUAUGGGGACAUAGCUUUGUGAGUUAUACAAUGGUACAAAUAAGUGAACUCAUUCAAAACUAGGAAGAAUUUUUAGUUACUCAGUGUUGUGUUUCUGUGGUACUGCCAGGUCUUGUGAAGAGAGAGAUAUUUGAUGUGACUUACUAAGAAAGAGAUUUGGUAGGCUUUGGGUUACAUAUACUGUAUAAUAAGCUCAGUUGAUAUACCAUGGAUUUGUCUUUGAACUGCAUUUUUUAUACUGGUAUUCCAGUGUACAUUACCAAUACUUAAAAAAAAUUCAGUCAAACUGUGCCUAUAUUGACAGAAAACUAUAUAUAUAAACUCAAUGUACACAGAACUUAACUUCAUCAAGGGUAAAAGUUAUUAUGACUAUUAUGUAUGAAAUUAUUCUCAAUUCCCUAUUUGGUGAUUAAGUAUUUAGCAAUUUGAAUUAUGCCUUUUAAGCUUAUAUGUAAUAUUCUCAGUAUACAGACCUUUUUUUAGAGAUUUUUCUUUAAUUAUUUGAGUACUUUUUCAAUAGAUUUUUUUGUUACCACCUUUUAUUCAUUUAAAUCCUUUCAUAGUAUUUCUUGCAAUACAACUGAAUUGAUAAGGAAGGCGAUACUUAGAGAAACCAAGAUCAUAAUUGACAUUGAAUUAAAAAAAAAAGAUUUAAUAGGUCUUAAAUGAAUUGAUAAAAAUGACCCUCUUCUUUGGGUUAGGAGAUUGAGCCUUUGCUCUUCCCAGUUGUAAAUAACAUAUCGAUAUCUUAUGCAGUGCACUUGCAUUUUACACAUGAAUGUUCAAAAAUUGUAUUGAAGCCAGUCAGUCUACCCAUAUUAUAUUAUGAUAUAAUAUAUUAAUAUUAUGCACAAAAUAUUUACAUUAAGUGGAAUGUGCCAGUGUGUUCCAGUUAUAAGCAGUAGAUACUUGUGCUACAUGUGCCACCUCUGUCGUGUCUGUGUUUGUACAGAUAGCACACACUUGUAGAAACUGAAACCUUACAACACAAAGAGGCCACAGAUAUACACAUGCGCCCAGGUGUAAACUUCAGAGAAAAGGGGAUAUAAACAAUUUUAGUACCCUGAGUUUCAAAUUUUACUGGUAAAUUUUGUCAAUGGCAAUCAUCCAAUAUAGCCCAAAGUAUGGCAACUUAGUGUUUAAUCAAGCGAGGUCUUGCAGAAUUGCAAAUAGUGGAGCAAGAAAUAAUGGCAAACCAGCAAGUGAGGUGCAACAAUGAAUGAAAGCUGGUAGAAUUUAUCCACAGGUAUUUUUCUGGUUGUUUUUUAAGUUCUGUGAAAUGACAGUAUUUUUUUAUGUAUUAUAAUGUUUUACAUGUUACUCCUGUAUUGCUUCCUAAGGUGACAUUCCUGCCACACAUGGUUUCAACCUUCUUGCUAGAAGAAAGUUUAUCCCACCUCACUCAGAUUAAUGCACAUUUUCUAGUCUAAUAUGACAAAACACAGUGCUGGCAACCUUCAUUUUAGGCUGUAUUGGAUGAUUUCCACUGGCAGGAACUGUUCUAAUUGAAGUGUAUAAGUGCAUGAGAUAGAACAUAUUAGACUAUGAAACCCAGGGCGGUACUUAUUGGCAUCAGUUGGAUUGCUUUUUCCACUCAGAGAUAGUGGGUAUUUUUAGCAAAACAAAAGAAAACUACUCUCUUCUUUGAUAAAAUUUUUUCAGGUUAUAUUUCACGUGAUUCUAAAAACAUCUCUAUUGCCUAAUUUUAUACCACAAAAAAUAUGCAGGUUUGUCUGGUGUUUAUGCUUAGAGAUUGAUUUGUGUUCAGGUUUACCUAGAAUCCAAGGUUAUUUAACCUUGAAUCUGCUGUUAAUAUUGCAUGUUGUAGAAUGGAAUAAAGACUGUAUUAUA